GUGGAUUCAUAGUAUAGGCACUGAGCCCCAUUGAUAACCUUGGAGGCAAAAAUAAUAAUAAUAAUAAUUAUGAAGGGCUCUUCUCUCCUGAAAACCAGCAGACAAGGUCACCAGAACAAACAGUGAAGCCUGAGCACCCCACCUAGUGAUUCACAAGAUGACACUCCACAGCAUAACUCUAAGUCAACCAUGGCUAGACCCCAGGUGGUUGUAGUUCCUAUAUUAAAGGCGAAGUUGUCUAUGAACGUUCCCGAAUUUUGCCUAUCAGGUUAUUCUUCUAAUUACACAGAAUCCUCUGAAGAUGGUUGUGAAGAUUAUCCCAUUCUAUCAAAAUAUGUUCAGGAUUUUCUGAACCAUCUUACAAAGCAGCCUGGAAGUUUUGAAACUGAAACUGAACAGUUUGCAGCCACGCUGAAUGGCUGGAUUACAACAGAUGAUGCUCUGCACCAACUUGUGAAUCUCAUCUAUCAAUGGGCCACGUCUGUCCCAAAUUUCUCUCACACAGGAGCUCGUCUAUGUAAUUACCUGUCUUGGCAUCUUACAAUUCUCCCACAGAGUAGCAACUUCCACCAGCUGCUACUUCAAAGAUGUUGCAGUGAAUAUGAACUUAAAGACCAAACUGCAAGUGGGGAUGAAGUGACUCGAAGACGAUUGCAUGCACUUGCCCUCUUUUGGGGGGAACUUUAUGUUAACCUGGAGGUUAAGGAAGCUAAUAUUAGGCAGGUUACAAGAGCACAUGUGCUCCAGGUUGGUCUUCAGGAAUUGCUGAAUGCCCUCUUUUCUAAUCCCGUGAAUGACAACUUGAUCUGUGUGGUAAAAUUACUAAAGUUAACUGGAUCAGUUUUGGAAGAUGCCUGGAAGGAAAAAGGAAAGGACAAUAUGGAGGAAAUUAUUCAGAGAAUUAAAGAUGUUGUCCUAGAUGCAAAUUAUAGCAGAGAUGUCAGACAGAUGCUCCUGAGACUGGUAGGGCUGCGGUCAAGUGACUGGGGCAGACUCUGGGCUAUGUCCACUGACAGAGAAGCAGCACUGAAGAGGGGCCCUGAAUCUUUUAUGAAUAGAACAAUCUUUAAUACAUCUGAUGGUGUACCUUUCACUGAGGCUGAUACACAUUUCCAAAAGAAAUGUCCAAGCUAUGGAAGAAAUGAAACAGGUUUGUCCAAGGCUGCUGGCCCAUUCUUGGAUGAUAUUGAUGACGAGAUGGACCCAGAGAUGGAAGAAGCUUAUGACAUUUUUUGCAAAGAGAGAGAGAGAGAGAGA